CUGGAUGCUGAUGGGGUGGUGGGGAAGGGCGAAAAGGAGGCCACUGGCAGGAGGCGUCAGACUCUCAUCAUCACAAUCCACUUGGUGAAGAGAGAGAAGGUCCAGAAGCCAGUGGAUGAUACAACAGUCGCACAAAAAGACUGCACGCAAUUGGAGAGCCAUGGCAAGAGGGUUCAAACUCUCGUAAUUACUCUGCACAUGGUCAAGAGAGAGAAAAUAAAGGAGGUAUACGAUGAGCUCCCCUUAAAGCACCAAGGCACGGCUGGGGACGCUCCUUCCAGCAGGAGCAAGGCCGUUACCGGCUCACCGGAAAAGAUGCCCCUUAUCAGCAGCUUCAAACAGCGGGACGCAUCUCAAACACCGGUCAAGAAAAUGAUCAGGUUCAACUUCCAAAACCUGAACACUUUCGUCAAAAUUCGUGAGCUGUACUGUGCCUACGACUACUUCAAAUAUGGCUUCCCUCUCUCCAGCAUUCGUCCUGAGCUGAAAAGCUUAAAGGAGAGAGCAGUGGAGCCACAGGAAGAGCCACCAAAGGAAGCAGUAGACAAACUGCCAGAGGCUCAGAAAACAGUAGCAGAGGAAGCAACAGAUGCAGACAACAAAAUCAAUGAGCCACAACAUCUCACAGGGAUCCUCAAGAAAGGAAAGACGGCCAGCACCGCUCAUAAAUGUGUGCGCUUUAACUUCCAGAACCUGAACACUUUCGUCAAGGAUCGUGAACUGUAUUGUGGCUACGACUACUUCAGGUAUGGCUUCCCUCUCUCCAGCAUUCGUCCUGAGCUGGAAAGCCUAAAGGAGAGAGCAGUGGAGCCACAGGAAGAGCCACCAAAGGAAGCAGUAAACAAACUGCCAGAGGCUCAGAAAACAGUAACAGAGGAAGCAAUAGAUGCAGCCAACAAAAUCAAUGAGCCACAACAUCUCACAGGGAUCCUCAAGAAAGGAAAGACGGCCAGCACCGCUCAUAAAUGUGUGCGCUUUAACUUCCAGAACCUGAACACUUUCGUCAAGGAUCGUGAACUGUACUGUGGCUACGACUACUUCAGGUAUGGCUUCCGUCUCUACAGCAUUCGUCCUGAGCUGGAAAGGCGAAAGGAGAGAACAGUGAAGCCACAGAAAGGGUCAGCAAAGGACGCGGUAAAGAAACACAACACACGACACCAGCAAACAGUUGGAGCAGCUCGCUGUGCACAACUGUGCCAGAAAACAAAUGAAGAACGAUGA